CUGCAAUACUGUCUAGAACUUGACGUAAACAAUAAGCAGUCUCUGCCCUUGAGUUGUUGGUUAAACAUCAAUUUAAUUCUAGUGAUUUUAAUAAAUUUUAUAAAGUUUAAUAAUUUUAUUCAAAAUGGCAAAACACGAUGAAGACUUUUACUACAACUUUGCUCUGAAAUUGGCCCUGGAAGCUGGACAUGUAUUGAAAGGCGUAACCUUUGCUAAGAAAACAGUGACGCAAAAACUAGGCAACUGGGAUCUUGUCACAGAGUAUGAUCGCAAAAUAGAGGAUAUUAUUAUUGGGAAAUUGAAGCAGCAAUUUCCUGAGCAUAAAUUUAUUGGUGAAGAAUCAACGGGCAAAGAUUUACCAGAGCUAACAGAAGAUCCAACAUGGAUAAUUGAUCCAAUAGACGGAACAACUAAUUUCAUCCAUAACUUUCCUCAAAUCUGUGUCGUAAUUGGUCUGUCAAUUUGUAAAGAAAUGAGAAUUGGUAUUGUUUAUAAUCCAGUUCUGGAGCAAUUAUUUACUGCGAGAAAAGGAAGAGGUUCUUUUUUAAAUGGACGUCCAUUAAAAACGUCUACUGUGGAUGAUAUUUCAAAAGCGCUAACUGCGAUUGAGCCAGAAUUUAUGAAAGUCGAGAGCUUGAGAGACAAAAUGAUUGAAAGAAUAAAAACACUUGCAAUUAAAACUCAAGGAAUAAGAACAAUCGGCAGCGCAGCGAUAACAUUGUGUUACAUAGCGAUGGGAGCCAUCGAAGGUUAUCAGAUAGAAGGACCAGGAAUCUCAACUUGGGACAUUGCAGCAGCUUCUUUGAUCAUCACCGAAGCGGGAGGAGUUGUUGUAGACCGAGUGACUGGGAAAGAUGUGGAUAUAAUGAAUCCACGAGCUAUCGGGGCUUGUAAUAAAACAAUCGCUCAAGAUCUAAAGAAAAUGAUCAACGAUGCUGACCGUCAAGUAGAGCUCCAUCAAAACUAAUUUUCUAUAUAAUUUAUACUUGAAUUAAAAAUAAAAAUAAUCAGUUUAAUAAUUA